CAAAGUGAAAAUUACAUUAGAAAUGGACACUUACAGAAAAUUAAAAAAAUUAAUAUUGAAAGGCAUCAGGAAUGAGUAUAAUGAAAACGGAUUUGGUAACUGUGUUCUUGUUGCAGAUGAGAAAUUUAUAUCAGUUGAAGCCUCAACUGAGAAACAUCAGAAUUCGAAGUCUAAAAGUUACGGUCAAAAAUUUGUUUUACGUACUUUUGGAGCUUUAGUCGGUUAUAAACGUAAAAAUUUAUCUAAUAAUGAUAAACAUGAGACUUUAAUUGCAUUGAGUUCCGGAGACCUGUCAUAUAAAAAAGACAAAGUUUUGGAUUUAAAAGAUUACAAAAAAGAUUCAAUCAAAUCUAUUAUGAAGUUGAAUCCAUCCUGUUUUUUGAAAAUUCCUACCUUGCUAUUAAGUGGUGGCAAUAACUUGGCUUUUAAUUUAGCGUCUUUUAGCUCUUAUAGCCCAAAAGAAGAAUGCUAUCAAGAGAAAGUACCAUCAAAAGUGUUUGAAGAGUUAAUUUCUCCAAGACUCGUGCUAAAACUUUUAAAAAACGGAAAAGAUAUUACUUUAAAACGUGAAAUCAGUAAUUCGUUAUUAAAAGCUCAGCAUAGAUAUUCAUGUGAUGUAAUGGUUUCGGAAAAGAGAUCUAGUCCUUACAAUAUAUACAAAAAAUUUCCUUUAAAGGAUAUAUCUCCUACUGUGUUUAAAAGAACACCCUCUCCAAGACUAGGUAAACUCAUUGAAAAGUUUGACAAGUUUUUCAAGGAUAAUAGUAUAAAUUUUCCAACGUAUUCCACACAUAACAGCACUACGUUAAAAAAACAGUUUGCUCAUGAAGUACAAUGUGACAAAGAGACGACUUCUUUACAUAUGCAACCUAACCGAGGGGUUGAUUUACAGCCCUUGAUUAAUAUACGUAAUAAACCUAAUACAAUAUUGAAAACUGAACAUGGUUACUCAGGCAAUAAGAUAGUUUUGGAAAAUACUAAAACCAGUCCUUACGGUAUAUAUCGAAAAUUCCCUUUUAGGGAUAUUUCUUUCGCUGUGUUUAAAAGGACACCCUCUCCAAGACUUGGUAAACUCAUUGAAAAGUUUGAUAAGUUUUUCAACGCUAAAUGCCAAGAUUUUUCUUUGAAUACUACACAAUAUAUCAUUGACGUAGAAAAAAAUUAG